UGUAGAGAGCAAAUGGGCGUUCUUUAUUUUCCUUCUUAUUUGGAUUCAUGUACAUUUUUUACUGUAACUAGAAAAGGGAUGUGAUCAGAUUGUAGACAAAUACCAAAGCUGACAGACUCACACACAGAUUUCCUGAAGGACGUUGCAAACCUAGUUUCAGUUUCAAUUUUCCCUAGACUGAUGAUUCCCAUGACAGUUUCUCUAAAAUUAGCUAAAACGUGUUGUAUUAUGUUAACAAGUGGUGGUCUGAUUUUUUCUAAGCUGUAUAUCAAUAUAGAAAAUGAAACGUGUGGAUGAAGCUGCCUGAGCCAUGGAGAACGACCACUCUCUUUGGUUCCAUCCCUUCAAAGAUCAGCUGAACUUAAAGGUCUCAAAGCUCCACAUAUCCUGGGAAAAGCUUUGCAUUAAAAGCAGGCGGCCUGUGAAGGACUGCUUCCUGGCUGUCUUGUCGUCUCACGGGGAGGAGGGCUGCGUGUUCGGAUCAGAUGGGAAACCUGUCCGACUGUCUCGUGUCUUCACUUACUUUGAUAAUGAAUGCAUGGAGAAAAAGACCAAACUGUUCCUCAUACAGGCGUGCCAGGGCGGCGCUCUGGAUGAUGGAGUGGAGGUUGAUUCACCAGCCAGCAGUUUCCCACACUGCCAUUCUGUUCCUGUGGAUACAGCUGUGAUGUUCUCCACAGCACCAGGGUACAGUGCGUUCAUAAACUUCACUGGGUCAGUCUUCCUGCAGACGUUCUGCUCAUUAUUGGAAGAGAAGGGUCACUCUAACCUGGAGCUGACUCGGCUGAUGACCCGACUCUCCCACAGGAUUGCCUACACCUUCGAGUCCAGAGGGAGGAAGUACGGCGGGAAGAAAGAGAUGCCAUGCUUUCUGACACGACUGACCAGAGAUGUGUUCCCGUUUGCAGAAACGGAGAAAGACAAUAAUGCGGAAACAAUAUCUGCCACAUCAUUGGUUGUUUCACAGAGUGUUAGACAACGAAUUGUUUCACUAAGUUAGGGAGCAGUUCCCCUGCCUGCUGACUCGGCACAUAUGAAGACUGGCAUGAUCAGUAAACAUAAAAGUAUCGAGAAGUAAACGUGUGUUUUUCUGGAAAUGAGUUGUUACAUAGCACAUUACAAAAAGAGUCUCUUUGUGUCAAUAUGAUUUUAAAAUAAUCUCCCAAAAUG